UUGUUGCUGGUAGUUUUGACAUUCAAGGGUUCAGGUAUUCCCAGACCAUGCUGUUUGCAAUAGAUGAGAUCAACCGGAGCGACAGUCUUCUGCCAAACGUGACACUGGGAUACAGACUCCAUGAUAACUGUGCCUCACUCGGAGUUGCCUUUCGAGCUGCCUUUUCAUUGGCCAGUGGCAAAGAGGUGAUGUUUGACCAGGCCGCAAGCUGUAGAGGAACCCCUGUGGUAGGGAUUGUGGGUGACUCCAUGUCCACUAAUACUAUUGCCAUUUCCAGUGUUUUAGGUUUGUUCAAAAUGCCCAUGGUGAGUUACUUUGCCACAUGUUCCUGCCUCAGUGACAGGCAACGAUUCCCAUCUUUUUUUAGAACUAUCCCAAGUGAUGCGUUUCAGGUGCGAGCUAUGCUCCAGAUUCUGAAGCGGUUUGGCUGGACCUGGAUUGGCCUGCUGGUCAGUGAUGAUGACUAUGGUCUCAAUGUAGCCCGAUCCUUCCAGUCAGAGCUGGCCCAGUCUGGUGAAGGCUGUCUGGCUUAUCUAGAGGUUCUGCCGUGGGGAAAUAACCCUGGUGAACUUCAAAGGAUUGUUGGCAUAAUGAAGAAAUCAACUUCUCGUGUGGUCAUUGUUUUCGCACAUGAGAAUCACAUGUUGAACCUCUUGGGAGAGGUGGUAAGGCAGAACGUUACAGGCCUCCAGUGGAUGGCCAGUGAAGCCUGGACUGCCACCACUGUGCUCCAGAUCCCCAGCUACAUGCCUUUCCUUGCAGGCACUCUGGGUAUUGCCAUCCGCCGGGGAGAGAUACCAGGACUCAGGGACUUCCUACUGAGAAUACGCCCUGACAAUGACACACUCAGCAGCAAGGACAAUAACAUAGUGCAGCAGUUUUGGGAGGAGACGUUCCAGUGUAGAUUCCCGCCUUCACCACCCAAAUGGACCGAUGAAGGGGGGAGACUGUGCACAGGUCAGGAGAACCUGGCAACAGUAAAGACAGAGUUCCUGGAUGUUUCAAACCUCAGGCCAGAAUAUAAUGUGUACAAGGCAGUAUAUGCCAUGGCACAUGCCCUCCAUGACAUGCUGAAGUGUGUUCCAGGGAGUGGACCUUUUGUCGGACAAACCUGUGCCAGUUUACAGAGACUAGAGCCAUGGCAGCUAGUUUAUUACUUGGAUAGGAUCAACUUUACCACACCUUUUGGUGAUCAAGUAUCAUUUGAUGAGAAUGGGGACGCAUUACCGAUCUAUGAUGUAAUGAACUGGCUUUGGCUCCCAGACGGUAGCACAUUCGUUCAGAAUGUUGGUGUUGUCAAGGAGACCGCCGCCAAAGGUGGAGAAACCACACUCAAAGAAGACAUCAUAUUCUGGAAUUUCGUUCCCAAAAAGCCACCUCGAUCAGUGUGUAGUGAGAGUUGUCCCCCAGGCACCCGCAUGGCCAGGAGGAAGAAUGAGCCUGACUGCUGCUUCGACUGCAUCCCUUGUUCAGAAGGAGAAAUUAGCAAUAUGACAGACUCAACAGAAUGCCUGAGUUGUCCAGAAGACUUCUGGUCAAGCCCUCAGCGUGACGUUUGUGUGCCAAAAAUGAUAGAGUUCCUCUCCUACGAUGACCCCUUGGGCAUGUCCUUAACAACGGCCUCUUUGAUAGGAACACUCAACUGUGCAAUUGUGCUAGGUAUCUUCACACAUCAUCGGACCACACCAGUGGUUAGAGCCAACAACUCAGAGCUCAGCUUCCUCAUUCUGCUGUCACUCAAACUAUGCUUCUUGUGCUCCUUGCUUUUUAUUGGUCAACCAAGGCUGUGGACGUGUCAAUUGAGGCAUGCAGCCUUUGGGAUCAGCUUUGUGCUGUGUGUUUCUUGUAUCCUGGUGAAGACCAUGGUUGUUCUGGCGGUAUUUAAGGCCUCCAAACCAGCUGGUGGCAGUAGUCUGAAGUGGUUUGGGGCAGUUCAACAGAGAGGGACUGUUGUAUUUCUGACAUUAAUUCAAGCGGCAAUAUGCACAACCUGGCUUGUGUCGUCCUCACCAGCACCUCAUAAAAACACACAAUAUCACAAUGACAGGAUAGUAGUUGAGUGUGUAGUGGGGUCCAGAGUUGGAUUCGGAGUAUUACUGGGCUAUAUUGGAUUACUGGCUAUUCUCAGCUUCCUGCUUGCAUUCUUGGCACGCAAUCUGCCAGAUAACUUCAAUGAGGCCAAGUUUAUCACCUUCAGCAUGCUAGUCUUUUGUGCUGUUUGGAUAGCCUUUAUCCCCGCUUAUAUCAACUCCCCUGGUAAAUCUGCAGAUGCUGUGGAGGUAUUUGCCAUUCUAGCUUCUAGUUUUGGGCUGUUAGGGGCCUUAUUCGGACCAAAGUGUUUUAUAAUCCUGCUUAGACCUGAAAGAAACACUAAGAAAGCUAUAAUGGGACGAGGUGUCCUGAAAUAAU